UAGGGAAUCAAGAUGGAAUGGAACAGAUGCAAUCGGAGUUUAUCUUACACCUAUGAUGUCACAAGCACUGUACCAUAUCACAAGUAUCUUAUUAACAAAGACUAUAAAGUUUUGAUUUACAGUGGAGAUCAUGAUGCAGUUAUUCCAUAUUUGGGUACAAUGACAUGGAUAAAAUCUCUGAAUUUGUCGCUCAAACGAGACUGGUUACCGUGGUAUGUAGGUGGACAAGUAGGAGGAUAUACAUUGCAGUAUACACAGGGGAAUUAUAACCUAGUGUAUGCAACUGUGAAGGCAAGAUAA